UUCUGAAGAGUGUGGCUUUGCAGCUGGAAACGGCCGAAAAGAUUGGAGGACAGCUGCGAGUAAGUUAUGACGUGCCUGAAAUCGGACUAGCGGUUCAAAAGCCCCACGGACCCUUUUUUUGCCAGGGGUACCACAGUACCUAAGUACUUUGAGAACGUCAACGUGCAGCCUUGAUCUAUGACGUUUGCUUGUUCGUUCCUGCAAACAGAUCUAAGAUCAAUAGAACUCUAUGAGACGCUAAGAAAACUUUGAAGCAUGUGUGUAACUGCCUAUGUAAUCGACACUGAUCAACAAGAUGACGUAGGUAGGGAAGGGGAGCAGGCAGGUACGGAAACCGUUUAUAAAAGUUGAAUACAAGCUCCUUAUUCUUCUACAUUGACUCAUAUUCGUCUCGUCAACAUCCCAGAAGCUCUCACAAUCUCUCUUCAGUAAAACAUCCAAUUCUAGUCUCCCAUUUCUAAACCCUACGCAUAUUCACGCAUAUUCACACAUAUUCACCAUGUCUGGCUACUCUAACGUCGGUCAAAGCUCCGUGUAUCAGGACGGUGAUCAAAAGAACCUGAAGAACUCCGAGGAACCAAGUCGUCCCCGAUAUGAGGAGGGUGUAGAACAUUCUCACCUUCCUAAUGACUCUAAGGAUGAACGAUCCAUUGCCAACCGUCUAGCCAACGAAGAGCGCAAACUGAACCGUGAGGAAGACGACCCAGAAACCAAAGCCUCAAAGCAAGACCCCACAUUACCAGCCAAGUUACACGGCAACGAACCGUCCAAGGGCGCCAAGGUAGAUGCAGAUCUACAAGCAGAGGAGGAAGAAUACCUAAAGCGAAAGCACAAGAAAUAGACUCAUGGGCAUGUCAGGAUUUCUUACGGUCGGAACUUGCGGAUACAGGCAAUCCACUUAUAGCCUAUCAAUAGCCCAUCUAUAGCUUUCUAUACAAGAUAGAUGAACAAGCU